GUUUUUUUUUUUUCUUCAUAUUCUAUAUUUGAUAUGGAAAGACCUGAUCCUCAAGAUUUUGAAGCUUCAGCUUUAGGCACAAAAGCAUAUUGGGAUACAGUUUAUGAUCGUGAAAACACCAACUUUAAAGAAAUAGGUGAUAUUGGUGAAGUUUGGUUUGGAGAAGACAGUGUGGAACGUAUGGUAGAUUGGGUAGUGGAUCAUAUUGACAAUAAACAGACAAACGUAUUGGAUCUAGGUUGUGGUAAUGGUCACUUGUUACUGGCUCUAGCUGACGAAGGAUUUACACAACUAACUGGGAUCGAUUACUCACCUUCAGCCAUCACACUAGCAGCAUCAGUUGCCAAAGAACACGAUCUUGGUUCUACAGUUAUUGACUAUCAUACAGUGGAUUUUUUGAAUGAUGAAGGAGACGAAGCAUGGGAAAUCAAGAAGAAAAAACAAGAAUCAUAUCAAUUGGUGUUAGACAAAGGAACUUUCGAUGCUAUAUCUCUACAUCCUGAUCAAACAUCUGCCAAAGCCAACGGUGUUGAUGGUCCCAGGGAAGCUUAUGUCAGCUCUGUGUAUCAUUUGAUGGACAAAGAUAACGGUUUUUUGUUGAUCACCAGCUGUAAUUGGACAAUGGAUGAAUUGAUAGAUCAUUUUAAAAAUUUUUUCCAAUAUAGUUCCCACGUCAAGUAUCCAACUUUCUCAUUUGGUGGUCAUACUGGUUCCAAGAUCUGUACAGUUGCAUUCAAACCUUUACCUACGCCAUUAUCUUAGAAAUUACUAUAGAUUCAGUUUAUUACUUGUAUAAAAUUCAUACUUCAAUAUUUUUAUAAACUAUGACAACUUUUUUUUUUAAAAAAAAAUCAUC